AAAUACGAGAACUGGAUGCAACGAAGGAGCGCGCAUCUCACAGGGUUGCGCACAGAGAAGACGUAGCUGCGACACUGACAGGGCGAAUACGCGACCAGAUUCCGAGAGGAUGCAGUGAGAAAAAGAAAAAAGAAAAAAACCCCUCGAAAUCCCCAGCUAAUUUACAGCCGGGCGUUAGGGCAGCUAUUAUAUAAUAACGUCGAAAAUGAGUGUGAUCAAAGCUGGCCACGACGGCAGGAUGGACGGCGGCAGAGGCAGCCACAGCGACAACGCCGGCGGCUCCCCGAGGCUCCAGCAGUGCGCUCAGCCUCCAAACAGCAGCAGCAGCCGGACCAAAGACACCAGAUACCAGCAGCAGCAGCAGCAGCAGCUCCAGCAGCAAAGGCAUCAUGGUGGGUCGAUGCUGAAACAACCAUCCCACAACGAGCCAGCCGACGUCGUGAGGCGGGCGUUGGACUUUAAGAGCCAAGGCACCCAGUGCUACAAGGAUAAGAAGUACCGAGAGGCGAUUGGCAAGUAUCACCGCGCUCUGCUGGAGAUUAAGGGGCUGUGCAGGGUGCUGGGGGAUCCGGACGCCAGUUCCAAGUCCCCGUCCCCGCUCCUGCCCACCAUCAGCAAGUCCACCACGCUGACAGAUGAGCAGAAAGGAGCAAUGGAGAAUGCAGAGCUGGAGUGUUACAACAGCUUGGCUGCUUGCCUUUUGCAAAUGGAGCUGGUGAACUAUGAACGAGUGAAGGAGUAUUGUCUGAAAGUGCUCCACAAGGAAGGAAAGAACUUCAAGGCUCUGUACCGAUCCGGAGUGGCCUAUUACCACCUAGGAGACUUCCAGAAGGCCCUGUACUACCUGAAGGAGUCGCACAAACAGGAGCCAUCAGACACCAAUGUCAUCCGCUACAUCCAGCUGACAGAGAUGAAGAUUCGCCGAAAUGCCCAAAGGGAAAAGAAAGAGGCGACAUAAGCACUGUCUGUCUCAUGCCUUCUCACUCGUCAUAAAUUUCAGCCCUGCUGUGUGCCACCCAGACCUUAAACACCAUGAGUCAGGGGCCGUGGUGUGAAACGAUGUUUGUUUGCUUUUGCCUUGCACAGCAUCCGGUUGCCAGUUACGUGAUUGAACUUCACUGUUGUGUGCUUGAAGUGUGUUUUAUUUAUUUUAUUGUUUUUUUAAUUAUUAUUAUUUUUUAUCGUACCAGAAAUUAAGUUUCUGUCUCGAAACCACCAAACUUAUUUAGUAUAAAUCAAUCCAGAGGAUGUUUUAAAGAUUACAAAGUGAUGCACUGCCAGUCCAAACAUUGCACAUACAGGCCAACACUUGUGAUAGAGACAGGAGCAACAAGGCGCACUGAGUGAAUCCAGCAUGUCUGCAGGCGAGUGUAACUGUAAACUAGCACCUGCCCUCGCACAAGAUGUCUUUUGAAUGCCAUGGAGCAAGCGAGUAACAACCUCCUACACUUCUGUCGCCAUACUUUGAUUUUGAAAUUAUGACAAAAGUCACAAUUUUUUAUACUCUUGAUUAUAUCUGAAAUCGAGGUGCUUUCAGUAAGUGGGUGUCUUUACUCAAAAAUGCAUUGACGAGGGCAACAAGAGCACAUGGUUGGUAAUUGUAGUAUGAACUUAAGAGACAUAUCACGAAAUGUAAAUAGGCUAACUUUAUAAAGUCACAAGAAAAUAUAAUGGAGAGGCAAGCUAUGUGUGUUUAUUAAUGCCAAAACGAAGCACUUCAUUUACAGCAUUCACUGUAUCUGCAAAUACCAUAUGUUUACUGUAAAAGUAUGGGUGUAAUAAACUUGUCUAUUGGUUGAAA